UCGAGGCAGAGUAUUGCAGUCAGAAAAUGCACGGAAUUAUUCUCAGUGCCAACAAAAUAUAUUACAUGGUCCUGGCUGUCAUUGGUGUUCCAGUUAAUUUACUGGCAAUCAUGGUCCUGUCUCGUGGAAAGUGUGGCCUGUCUUCCUGCACAACUUGCUACCUGGUGGCCAUGGCAGCAUCAGAUCUGAUGGUUCUCAUCUCUGAGGUUAUACUGAGGCAGAUCAAUGCUUAUUAUUUCCCAUUAUCUUUCUUCGAUAUCACUCCCGUGUGCAGCAUCAUCUAUGUCUUGUCAACAGCAGCCACCUCCUGCUCUGUAUGGUUCACAGUCACUUUCAGCUUUGAUCGAUUUGUCACUAUUUGCUGCCAGAAACUGAAAACUAAAUAUUGCACAAAGAGAAAUGCAGUUGUAGUCCUAUCAACAACCUGCACUGUAAUGUGUUUAAUGCAUGUUCCUUUCUACUUUAGAUAUCAACCUUAUACAAUACUUUACAACUUACCAUGGCUCUGUGUUUCAAAGCCGAGCUAUUAUAGUGAUCCAAGCUGGGUGGGAUUUAAAUGGUUCAAUACAAUUUUUUAUCCAUUGCUGCCAUUCAUUCUAAUUCUGCUGCUCAACGCUCUGACAGUCAGACAUAUUAUAGUGGCCAGUCGAGUCCGUAAGGGACUGAGGGGUCAGAGCAAGGGAGAGAAUCACAGUGACCCAGAGAUGGCGAGCAGAAGGAUGUCUAUAAUUUUACUCUUUACCAUUUCUGGCAGCUUUAUAAUUUUGUGGUCGAUAUAUGUGAUAAAUUUCAUUUGCAAGAUUAUUCCUGGAAUUUAUGGCGUCGAUGAAAAUCAUUCUUUCUAUGUAUUUGAACAAGUUGGAGUUAUGUUAGUGAAUUUAAGUUGCUGUACAAAUGCAUUUAUUUAUGGGGUGACACAAUCCAAAUUUAGAUACCAGAUAAAGAAAGCAAUAAAUUGUUCUUUUACAUAA